CGCUAUGUAUGUUUUGAAACGAUUUUAUGACAUCAAGGCAAUAAAGGCAUUGCUGAGGUGCUACAGUUUAAGAAGAAAAAAUCAUUAUGAAAUCCUUAAUUUACAAAGAAAUUGUUCCGAUAAAGAAAUCAAGGAAGCUUUCAUACAAAUGAGCAAAGAAUUCCAUCCUGAUAAAAACAAAGAUGUAGGCGCACAGGAAAAGUUUGUACGUAUUGUGGAGGCAUACAAUGUGCUUGGGAAGCCCAGCAGUCGAGUUCAAUAUGACAACAUGAUUGAAAUAGAUAAUGGGGCCUCAUAUGUAUACAGAUCACAUGCACCAUACAAUAUGUCCAAGAACCCACAGUACAGCUACUACUAUGAAUCCUAUGCGAGAUCAUCCAGCAGGAAUGACAAUUCUAAUAAUUUCUAUGGAGUAUCUGGGGUGAAGAAAUUACCAAAUUAUGUCAUCAUUGCUAUGUGUACUGGAGUCGCAUUAGUUGGGAUUUUCCUUCAAGUGUUUGUUAUAAGAAAUUUGUAUGUCGCACAACGUAAACAAGCUCAAGAAAAAUCAAAACGUCUUGCCGAAGAAUUGGAUAAGGUCCGGGCUGCAGCUCAGGCAAAUGGAAAUGAGUUGCAGACCCGAUUAUUACUUGACAAGAUCGUGGCAGCAGCGAACCCUACCGUCGCUACAGCGUCAUUAGGACAGGCUCUGGCGAACGAAAAGAAGUGAAUAUUUUCAUUUCUAUGUAGAACAUAUUUUUUUAGACAAAUUGUAGUUUUUAUAUCAGUUGACGCGACUUUAGAAGUCGAGUAAU